GCUCCAGUGGUGUUCUAGGUUGAUCACGUUAGAUGGCAGAUCGUGGUUCUAAUAGUGGGGUAUUAUUUUUUUUUUUUUUUACAAAAACAAUGUUCUUAUUGGCGAAUGAACAAUAACAAAUUAUUGUUGUUAAAUUUUUUUAUUAUUAUUUUAUGUUUUUUCUUGAGAAUUGAGAUAAGUCACAUAUGUACAGCUAUGUAAAGCUAAAAUAAUGCAAAUAUUUAUUUUUAAUUUUUUUUACUGUUAAUUAUUUAAAGAUGCUAACAACAGAUGCUUUACCUGCAAAUCAACAAACAAAUAUUGUUGAUAAUAAAACUUUAAAUGCAACAAUUGACGAAAGUGUAUUAUUAAAAAUUGAAAAUGAUCUUGAAAAUUAUGAAAAGCUAUCAAUAUUAUUUUUAAUGUAUGAAGAAGAAAAUUAUUGUAUUGAUGAAUUAAUUGAUAUGAUUGAUAAAUCAAGGCUUGAUGGCAUAUUAUGUAAAUUAAUUUUAAAAAAUAUUAAAAAUUGGAAGGAAAAAUUUUUUGAAUCAAUAACAAUUAUUGGUUUAAAAAAUAUUAUUAUUAAUCUUGGAUUAUCAAUAAAUGAUCUUGAAUCAAGAUAUUCAGCAAAUGUUACCACAUUGGUAAUUAAAAUUCACACAGCAACAAAAAUUAUGUACAAAUUAUUUGAGUUAUUGAAUGAACAACAAAGUCAAUUACUUUGUAAAUUAAUUUACAAAGAUAUUCCAGUUAUUAAAUUUAAUCAAAAUGAUAUUCUUGAAAGUCAUGCUUUUUAUUGGCUAUCAAAAAAAUACAUAACUAUUUCAUCUGAUGGCUCGUGUGAUUUAUCUAAAAUUCAUAAACAUAUGAAAACAAUUGGAUUAUUUGAUACUCCAAUUUAUCAUGAUAUGGAAAAAUAUGUAAAAUCACUUGAUAAAAAUGUUAAUGAAGAACAAAAAAUUAUCAAUAAACAAGAAAAAAUAAUACAAAUUGAAAAAGAAAAAAAAAAAAUUAUAACAAAUGCUUAUGUUGUUAUUAUUAAUGAAAUUAAUUUUCCAACAAAUUCAGAGUACGAAACGAGAUAUGGAAGUAACGUUGAUGCCGAUGAUCUCAGAAAAACCUUUACCGGAAUGGGUUACACGGUUGUUCAAUACAAUGAUCAAACCGAAGAAGAAAUUUAUGAUAUUUUUGAUAAUUUGAAAAAUGUUGUUAAUUCAAGCAAUGAUUGUAUAAUUGUUUGUUUAUUGAGUCAUGGAUUUAAAGGUGGUUUUUUGUCACAUGAUGCCAAAGAAAUUGACAUUGAAACAAUUGAAAAAAAAAUAUGUUGUGAUUCAUUUGUUGAUAAAUUAAAAAUACUUAUUAUACAAGCAUGUCAAGGAGAAAAUACUGGUCGUGCAAUACCAGGAGCAGAUGAAACAACAACAAUUGUUACAGAUUGUAGAAAUACAAGAUUUUUAAAAAAUCAAAAAACAGAAAGUGUCUCUAAAUAUACAGAGUUUUUCAAAUUUUCAGCGACUAUUAAUGAUUUUGUAUCUAUGCGUGAUACACAACAUGGUAGCUGGUUUAUAAAUGCGAUUUGUGAAGUAUUACGUAGUCCAAAAGAAAAAGAAAUUUCAAUUGAAAAAUGGACAAGACUAGUUCAGGAAAAUGUACAAGAAAAACGUGGCAAAUUACCAAAUAAAAAUUUUGAUGCUGCUCAAGUACCCCACUCUGAUUAUAGACUUAAAAAAAAAUAUGUUUUUCCACUAUGUAUUGUUGAUAAUUCAAUUAGGAAAAAAAAUUAAAACAAAAUUUAUUUAAUUAUGAGCAAAAAAGUUUCAUUUUAUUGUUCGUUUAUGAACACACAUUUUUUAUAAUAACUAUUAUUUUAAUUUUUAUUAUCAAUAAUUAAAGUAAGAUAUUUAAUAAUAAUUGUUAAUAAAAAAUUUAUCAAAUAUGAUAAAGUUUGUUUGAU